AUGGCGUGGCCGCGCCGCGCGGCCGAGGUCGCGCGGUCGACAAUGGCUUCUCGACUUGACAAGCUCCCGGAGGCGGUCAGUCGCCUGCAGAGCCUCAGCCAUAGACAGCUGCUCCGUCUGGCGCAGGGCGUGUGCAUCCCUGCCCUGUCCCCGUCCCUGCACAAGGGCCAGAGUGGACGCGUGUGCGUCGUGGGGGGGUCGCUGGAGUACACCGGCGCGCCGUACUUCAGCGCGCAUGCCGCGGCGCUCAUGGGCUCGGACCUGGUGCACGUGCUGUGCGAGUGGAACGCUGCAACGCCGAUCAAGGCCUACUCGCCGGACCUGAUGGUGCACCCGCACCUGCGCGACAGUAGCUCCCUGGCGCGCGGGCUGGAGCCCGCCACAGAAGCCGUGCGCGCGCUCGUGGAUCGCGUGCACGUCCUGGUGCUCGGCCCGGGCCUGGGGCGCGACCCGGCCAUGCUGCGGUCGGUGGCGGGCAUCCUCGAGUACGUCGCGGACAAGCACGAGGGCGGCAUCCCAGUCGUGUUGGAUGCUGACGCGCUCCUGCUGCUUUCCGAGCAGGCCACCGCGGCCGCGGCGCGCGCGGCCCUGCGGCGCUUCCCGCCAGAUCGUGUCAUUCUGACGCCCAACGCCGUCGAGGCCAAGCGGCUCGCCGGCGCAUUCGAGCUGGACGACCCCGCACGGCUGGCGGAGCAUUUGAACUGCACUGUUGUGCUCAAAGGCGGCCCGGACCGCAUAUACGCCCCCGGCGGCAGCUCGCCACUGUCCUGCAGCCACGAGGGCUCGCUGAAGCGCGUGGGCGGCCAGGGAGACACCCUGACGGGCUGUCUGGCCGCUAUGCUGGCCUACAAUCGCGCCAUACACGACUUCGGCAUCGCCGAACCCGACUACACGGGCCUGGAGGGCGGCACGCUCAGCGCGUCCGAGCGGACAGCCUUGUGCUGCUACGUAGCCUGUGCCGUGGCGCGUGGUGCGUCGCACCGCGCAUACGAGGCUCAAGGGCGGGCCAUGCAGACCAGCGACUUGAACGGUCACGUGGGUGCCAUCUUCCGAGAUUUCUUCCCUGAACGUCAGUAG